AUGGCUGGAAUAGGUGAUGCUGGUGUGACUGGGCGUAAAAUCAUUGUUGAUACUUACGGGGGUUGGGGUGCCCACGGAGGCGGAGCUUUUUCUGGGAAGGACUACACAAAGGUGGAUCGCUCUGCUGCCUACGCUGCCCGCUGGGUGGCCAAAUCUCUGGUGAAAGCUGGGCUCUGCAGGCGUGUGAUGGUACAGGUAUCCUAUGCUAUUGGAGUUGCACAUCCACUCUCCAUCUCCAUCUUCCACUAUGGGACCUCCCAGAAGAAUGAGAAGGAGCUACUGGACAUUGUGAAGAACAACUUUGACCUCCGUCCUGGAGUCAUCGUGAGGGAUCUUGACCUGAAGAAGCCCAUCUACCAGCACACAGCAGCUUACGGUCACUUUGGUCGUGAUGUCUUUUCAUGGGAGGUGCCCAAGAAGCUGAAAUACUGAACACCUCUAAUCUCUCACAGGGCCUUAGCUGUAAUCACAGAUAAACCUGUGUGUCUGUCUACCACCCUCCCUCCUUCCUCCUCCCACCUCUUUCUUGUCAUACACACAGCUCCAUCACCACAGCCUCUACUAAAUGGAAAAAAAUGUCUUUCUCCACCUGCUAGUAUUGUACACAUCUCCAAGAUAUUAAAUUGAACAGACCCGUUGGCGGAAUUGCCAGCUUUUAUUGAUCUUUGUUAACUUGUAUCUCUGCAAAUCUGCCACCUAUUAUUGACAGUAUAUAUUUAAAUCAUAUUUAUAGCCUGUUUCCAAAAGGACCAUAUGGAUAUUUACCAGUAACAGUGGUGUUUUGUAAGACAUUUGUGGAAUUUCUCAGCUUUUAAAUUCAGAAUCUCACCGCAGUUUAGAUUUAAAAGUGAUUAGCAGUUUAGUGUUGAAGAAACAUCCCUUAUAUUCCUCUUAAAGCCCACACCACCUUCUUUUGAAGUUUUGAUGGCAUAAAUAAGGUCAAGUACUUGUUGAGUGAUAUGUAAAAUCUGCAAAAAAUUUGUUUGUGCUGUCCCUUCAGGCCUUUAUUUAUUUUUUUCUGACGUUUUACAGAGAAGUCAGAAGCUGCUAAUGACUUUGUGGUUAUGUUGGGCUGCACCAUGACAUUAAGUUUUUGUAAUUUAUUUCAUUGGUUUAAAUGUCAUUAAGUGUUCCAGAUGAUAUAUUGCUACUGACCAAGAUAAAGGCGAGGUAUAGUACUUCCCCUUCCUGAGACCGACUCUGGGUGUAGUUACAGAGAAACCCAGCUCUGUCACCUCUGGGGAGGGGGUCUUUAUCCCACAGCAACACCAUACUUGAAAUAUUUUAUAGAAUGGCGUUUUGACUAUUGUGGGACCCAACAGUUUGACCAGCAAAAAGGACAACUUAAUAAUGUGUGCCACAUGUUUUUGUACCGAAACACUGUGUCGGUCCACUCAGUCGCACACGUUUAGGGUCCUUCAGUCUCACCUGCACUGGCAUGGAAGAACAUGAAGAGCAGAGCCACAGACAAAGAGAUAAGAGGCGGCGCACUUUCAGCUUAGUGAAUGUAAGACAUGGUAUUACUGUUCUUGCCUUGUCAGUGGAGUUAGUUUUGUUCACUUAAGGAAAUGGGAUCAGAUAUAUAUUGAAUCUUUCACUGGAAUUGCACAGCACAAUGGUUCUUAUAGUUACCAGAAGUGGAAAAGGCCUCUGUUUUUAAUGUUAUAUGUACAAUAUUUCCAUAAUGUAUGUUGAGCUGGUAGCUGAAGCUUUUAAUUAUUUAUAAAAACAUUACUUCUUUUCACCAUGGCUCAUGGUUGGCAAAAGUCAGAUUUUUCCUGAAUGGUACACUUAAAUCACCCCCGGUUUGUCAAGGUUUACCCCUCUCCUUGUUUUUUCAAAUACUGUUGGCGAGUUUACUUGCAGGACAUGCAGAUAAAUUGAGGAAGUAUGUGUACCAGAGACCCUGGCUAGAUUUUAACCCAAGAAGUUGUAAAUGAACCGUAUAAGCCUCUUUAAUGCUGUGCUGAAGUUACCUUUCUAUGUGACUUCACUCCUAGAUGUGUAUCCUCACAAUAUUGUUGCAGAGUUGAGGCUAAGCCACCUGUAAGCCUGAGUGAGAUUGGUAUUCACCCUUUAAAAUCACUACAGUCCGUACCUGGUCUGAGCUGUGUGCACAGUAGUGUGCUCAAGCAUGUAGCUAGGUGGCAUAUAAAACUGAAUUUUAUAUUUAUUUUUUUUAUUUUAUUUUUUCUCUGAAAACACUGAUAAUUUGUCUUUGGCCUCUCUGACAUCACCUUGUAGUUCCUUGUGUACUGCAGAUAAAACUCAGGUGGGAGAUGUUAUGUCUUGGACUUUUAUUUUAUUUUUUACAAUACAUUUCCAGCCUCUAGGUCUGACGAGAGAAAUGAUUGGUUGGUUUUGUACAGAGAAACCAGCCUGUUUGCACUGAGCAUUUUUUUUUUUUCUGUUAAAUCAUAUUUUUAAUGAUUACAGGUGAGUUGGUCAAUGUGGUUGCUGAAUGUGUAAAAGUGCCUUUUCUCAUUUUCUGCACUGCCCUUAUCCCCUGCCCCCAGCUAUCUGACUCCCUACCUAUUGACCCUCCCCCCCCACACCCCCCAGUUUAUACCAAAAUAAGCAAAAUCCUCUUCAAAAAGUCAUACUGAGGACUCUAAUUUGGUGUUUCUUUUUUAAACCCUGCAAAUAAACACUGUAAACACUUGUG